AUGGACUCUGCAUACGAUCACAUACAAGAGGAGGCCUACCCCCAGGACCCAGCCCCGCAAUCUCAGGCUACCAAAGACACCACCGCGCCCGCAUCCAACAACUUCCAAAGCGAGGUACAAGAUGCAUACAAGGCGAUUUCGAGCAGCCCAUGGGCCGCACGUCUUGGCGGUUUCCUCGGUACAGUGAAGAAGCAGGUUCGUGGUCUUUCGAGCGUAUUAAAGGAAGCUUCCCUAACACAUGACAAUGAUCAGGGCGAGCAAUACUACGAUGGAGCAAGCAAGCAAGCAACAGCGGGCAUUACAAACAUCAUGAAACAUACGCGCAACCUUUCCGUCAACGCCGGCGAAGCUUCGUCUACCGAUGCCGAGACCACACCGUCUACGUCCAGAGCCGCCGCCGAGCAAGACCUAGAUGCGCACCCCGACCGCCCAGAGUCGCUCCCCGCAGACAUUGUUAAGGAAGCAGAGGGCAUGUUGAGUCGCUUUCGCGCCGAAGCGGCCAAACGCCUCAAAGACAUCGAGAAAGCCGAAGACGCCGCCGACGAAGCCCUUCUGAAGUUCGGCACCAACAUCCGCUCCUUCCUCCGCGACGCCGUGACGAUUGCGCCGCCCAGCGAAGAUGCCUCAGGAAACCCAGGCGCGGUGCUUUUCGAAUCGAAGGAUAGCUCUGGCAAGAAGGUGGUGCACGCUACGCGUUUCGAUGCACAGCUACACGUUAUUCAUUCGUCCUUGGAUUCGUUUCUUAAGGACCCUGUGAGCCCCGAAUGGGAAGCUUGGAGGAAUGGGUUCAACGUAGAGAAAAAGACGGAUGAGAUUGCGCAGGACCUGGAGAAGCACGCAGAGCUGAGGACAGCCAUGGAGAAAUUAGUGCCUGAAAGGGUCGAGUAUGGUGCGUUUUGGGAGAGGUACUACUUCUUGAGGCAUGUCAUUGAGAGUGAGGAGCAAAGGCGGAGGGAGAUGCUCAAGGCAUCCGCGCCAACCGAGGAAGAAGUGGGAUGGGACGAGGACUCCGAGUCCGAUGCUGAUGAGACGUCCACUUCUACGCCCCAAGCCGCAAAAUCCGCUACAAACCUUGCCGCCUCACAGGGAACGCUUAAACCGGCUGCAGAAGACAUGCUGAAGCCUGCGCAACCGCGGCGAUCAAACGAUGAGAAGAGCGUAGCAGACAGUGAUGCGAGCUACGAUCUAGUGAGCGGGGCAACAAGCCGUGCACCAGGCAGUCCGCAGGAGAAGAAGAAGGCUGUGACUGAGGAGAGCGACGAGGAAGAUUGGGAGUAG